AUGCUUGGUCUGGGUGAUUAUGAGAGCAGCAGUGAGGAUGAGGUAGAGCAGAAGGGUCCUUCACCCAAUUCUCAGCCCUGCAAGAGCAGCACUGAAGGGUCGCUGAUUCCACAGCAACAGCGUAACAAAGAUAUUCCAUCUACUACCUCACAAGCUGGCCAGGAUGAAGAUCAUAAGCCGUCCUACCAACAACCAAAAGAGACGCCUGUUCACACUUCCACCGAUUCAGUCCCAGAAGGACCUGUCCUUGGCCCCACGUCUAUGGACAUGGCGCCCCUCGCGGAGGAUAAGCAUUCAACAAGCGGACGCUCAUCUCCCUUCUCGGCUACACGCGGACUCGUUCAAGAUCUCACUCUCCCUCCAGUUCCCAAUCUAGACAUCCCACCUUCACCUCCUGGGUCUCCCAACCCAACCGCGAACGCAAAAUUUGAGCAUUUCCUCUCACUCAAAAAGCAAGGCAUACACUUCAACUCAAAACUCGCCACCUCGUCAUCGCUUAAGAAUCCAAGCUUGUUGAGGAAGAUGAUGGAACAUGCUGGGAUUGAUGGGCAAUCGCAAUAUGACACAUCGCUGCCAGCCGACUUGUGGAAUACUUCCAUCCUACCUAAAUGGGGCUUCAAGGAAGAGCUCUUGAGAACUCAGCAAGAUUUCCGUAAACAAUCGGAGGAGAACAAGGCAUCGGGCCAGCGAACCUCGGUUGAUUUUGUCUCUGGGUCUGCCUGA